AUGUCAUUAGUCCGUCUUACCUCCUGUCCAGCUGCCACUUUUAACCGGUUUUUUUCGCUCAUAUAUCGAAGUCCCAAAAACUAUACUUUGUGUUCUCACAGGGUUUUGUAUGACAGAGUUUUGGUUUCCAGAAAACUUUCUCAGAAAGCCGAGGUUAUUGGUCCUGAAGUCACAAUAAAAACCCAUAUAGAUGGGUCUCGUCCAAAAUUUAUAGUCACGUAUGACGAGUUAAGCUCGCAGCUUUCGAAAGGAACUGUCCAGCUGUUUGAUGUAAGAAGUGGAGAUGAUGUGGAGUCCACUGGCAGGAUCCCGGGUUCCGUUAAUAUACCCCCUCUUAUUCUCAGUGACAGUGAGUUUCUUCAGAAAUAUGGCGUAUCAAAGCCGAAGACGAGCGACAAUAACAUAAUAUUUUAUGGAUUGUCGGAUGUGUCAUCAGCAAGUGCCUGUGAAAUAGCCCACAGUAUGGGCUAUAAAAGGUUUGCUUUGUAUAUAACUGAUUUUGCAAAAUGGUUCUCAUUCGCUGAGUUUAUUGA